AGCAUAUUAUGCUGUGUUUACCGCGCAGUAAACAGCCACCAAAAAGGGGUGUGUGUUUGUCUGUAUGUGAUUUAUUGUGUAGGGAGCUGAAGAAAGAAGCCUCUUCGCGCCUCCUUAGUGGAGCGCGGAAUGUCUCCAAGCUGCCAUUUUGACAAGCGGGCUCUCGCUCACCGGGAGAAAGGGUGGAAUGCAGCGUGAUCCGCUCUACGUCUCUCGGGCACAUCGCUUUUUGCAGGCUGGGGCGCGCGCGCUUGGAGGCGCAUCUUGAGGGCAAAAAGGGAGGGAGAGGCGGCGAGGCUCUUCCCCGCAAUGCCCGUUGCCCUGCAAACGUGAAGUGGUGACCCCCAAAGAAGGGUGUUGCCGUUCCCCUUCCUUCCCUCACACCCCCCCCCCCCGCAUAUUGAUCUUGCCCGGGGCGACUGCUAGUCGAGGAACAGCCACACCAGCGGCGGAGGGUUCUUGUUCUUCAGUUAAACUUAGACCUUUAGAGGAACUAAGCAUUAAGAGAAGACCGGGUUAACAAGAUCUGGAUGUACAAGAACAAAAAUACUAAUAACUCCGACAUUUCAAAAACAGGAAGACUCGUCUGACUGGCAAACUGAAGACCUCAGUAGCAAAUCUCCCAGAAUCAAAAUGAACACAGGACUUGAUUCCCAUUCACCAGACUCAGCUUGGAGAUCAUUUAACAUUGGAAGUGGAGAGACACUGAAUGGAGACACUAGCAGCUCCUCUCUUGCAGCAAAAGGCUUUCGAAGUGUCCGGCCAAACCUACAAGAAAAGAAAUCACCAACUCAGGCUCAGAUAACAGUGAAUGGGAAUUCUAGCUUGGCAACCAGCCCAAUGAGUUACUUUCAAAGGCCUUUCUCCCCUUCUCUGGCAUACUCUCCACCAGUCUCAUUCACUUCAAGCUCCUCUCUCCUGCAACAGAGCAGGACUAUGGAAUCCACAGAGAUGUACUCACAGCAUGCACACUCUGUUGGUGGCGGUGACAGCAGCAGCAGCACGACCACCACCACCAUACCGAUCUGUAGGACUUCAGAGGAAGAAAAGAAAGUCACAGUCAUUAAAGCACCACAUUAUGCAGGAAUUGGGCCAGUUGAUGAAUCAGGAAUUCCAACAGCAAUUAGAACGACUGUUGACAGGCCAAAGGAUUGGUAUAAGACAAUGUUUAAGCAAAUUCAUAUGGUUCAUAAGCCCGAUGAUGACACGGACAUGUAUAAUACUUCAUAUGCAUAUAAUACUGGUAACUUCAGUCCAUCAUUCUCUGCUCAAGCACAUCCUGUUGCAAAGACUCAGACAUACAGGCCACUGACAAAAAGUACUUCUGACAAUGGCACUGAAGCCUUUAAAGUCUCUUCACCUCCACCACCUCCAGUACCACCUGUUCGUCCUUGGCAAAGAUCUGCCCCAGAAAAAAAUGAGUGGGAGCCUCCUGAUAGAAAAGUAGAUACUCGCAAAUUCCGUUCAGAACCAAGAAGCAUUUUUGAAUAUGAACCAGGAAAGUCUUCAAUCCUUGAACAUGAAAGACCAACAUCUUUAUACUACAGUCCAGCUGACAGACGUGGGGACAGACCUUCUAGUUCUGCAAGUACUUCAAGUGAUUACAGAAAACGAAGGAAGUCAGAGCCUACAGUAACUCAGCCAAAAGUCCACACUGAUCAGAAUGUAAAUCGAUACACUCUUGGUCGUACAGAUACCCAGAGCUCCUAUUCAACCCUUAGGAAGCCCAUUACAACCUCUUCUCCAUCUUCUCCAUCAAGAGCAAAAGGUGUGGAUAUUAGCAAAAUAUAUUCAUCCCUUUCCAGUUAUUCAGUCCCCAACCAGAACACCUCAAAUGAUUUAGAUUAUGGUAAGAAUUAUGGGCAGCGAUUAGCUGUUCCAGGUGAUUCAAGAAGAGCCCUCAGCUACAAGAAUGGCUGGCAAAUGGCCCGUCAGAAUGCAGAAGUCUGGAGCAGCACUGAAGAGACUUCCUCUCCCAAACGCAAAUCUCGCAGCUACGAUGACCUACUAGCUGAUGAUCAUUGUUGCUUCUCUGAUACACAGAAUAAAUCUGAAAGUAUGGUGUCUCUGUUGUGUGCAGACAAUUCCAAAGGUGAUUCUUCCCUUGCCUGGGCUUCCCCAUAUUCCUCUGAAGCUCACGGUUCCAGUCGGUCAAGGGCACAUCUUAGGUCUGCCCAUGAUGCUCCAGGAUUCCUAAAACUGUACAAAAGAAUGCACCGCAUUAACCGCAAAGACUUGCUUAACUCCGAGGUGAUUUGUUCUGUAAAAUCCAGAGUACUGCAGUAUGAAAAGGAACAGCAUAAGAGCUUGCUACAUGGUUGGAAAGAAUCCUCUACAGAGGAAGUACCAAGAGACAUGGUGCCCAAUAGAAUAUCUGAAUUUGAAAAACUAAUUCAGAAAUCUAAAUCAAUGCCUAAUUUAGGGGAAGAAGCAUUAUCAACUGUAAGCUUCCUGGAACCCCCUAAAAAUGGCUUUUGUACAAUGAGACGGUUUUCUAUUGAAUCCUUGCUGGAUGAAGAAAAUCAGAAUAGGCACACUACUCAGGGGCAAAAGAAUUACAAGUCCAACACUCUGGUGCCAAUUCACAUUGAAGUAACUAGUGAGGAACCACAAAGAUCACAGAUGGACUAUUCAGACAGCGACCAAGAUGGAGUGGUCUCUGACAUGAGUGACUUCAUACAGAUAGAAGGCUCAUCUUUUUGUAGUGAAAGUGAUUUCGAUCACUUCUCCUUCACAUCCUCAGAAAGCUUUUACGGAUCAGGACAUCACCAUCAUCACAAGCAUCUUGUCAGCUCCUGCAAAGGAAGAUGUCCAGCCUCAUACACCCGCUUCACCACCAUGCUGAAGCAUGCAAGGGCUAAACAGGAAACUACCCCAGAAGAUCCUAAGCGACAAGAUUCCGAUGCUGGCCUCUCUAAACUAGCCUUCCUAGUCAGCCCAGUGCCUUUCCGGAGGAAAAAAAACACACUCCCCAAAAAGCAGGCUGAAAAGACUAAAUGCAAAUCAUCUGUCUUUGACGCCCUGGACUCCGCUCUUAAAGAUAUAUGUGACCAAAUCAAAGCAGAGAAAAGAAGGGGAAGCUUGCCUGACAAUAGUAUAUUGCACAGACUUAUUUCUGAAUUGCUUCCAGACAUUCCUGAAAGGAAUUCCUCCCUUAAAGUUUUUAGAAAAAGUCCCAUACGCCAGCCUUUGCAUCCACUGCCUCAUGAUGGUGCUAUUCACUGUCCGUUGUACCAGAAUGAAUGCAGAAGUUUGCCUCUCAGUGCCUCUUAUCAAGACAUGGAUGCUACCAACAGCAGCAGCCAGGAAUAUGAUAAUGCACUGUUUCUCCAAGACCAGGAAUGUCCUGGAAACUAUUCUUCUGCUUUCACUGAUGUGAGUCGAUGUAUUCCAAAGGAAAGAAGAGGAACUCCAGACAGAGAGAGACUGCCAGCUAGAGCAGUAUAUGACUUUAAGGCUCAAACUUCUAAAGAGCUGCCCUUUAAGAAAGGAGACACUAUCUAUAUCCUCAGGAAAGUGGAUCAAAACUGGUAUGAGGGCGAACAUUACGGAAGAGUUGGGAUUUUUCCUAUUUCUUACGUUGAGAAAUUUAUUCCCCCAGAAAAAGCACAGCCAGCAAGACCACCACCCCCAGCACAUGUGGCCGAGAUUGGAGAAGCUAUUGCAAAAUAUAAUUUCAAUGCAGAUACAAAUGUGGAACUUUCAUUGAGAAAGGGAGACAAAGUCAUUCUUCUUAGACGGGUUGAUCAAAACUGGUAUGAAGGCAAGCUACCAGGAACAAAUAAGCAAGGAAUCUUCCCAGUAUCCUAUGUAGAAGUCAAAAAGAGCAUGGCCAGAGGAGAAAAUGAAUAUCCUGUUCCUCCAAUACCCCAGAGUUACUCAAGUGACAAAAUCCACCAUUCAGCUAAGCCACAGCGCCCUGUGUUUGCUCAUGACAGUGGGGGGGAACCGUUUCAGGUUCUGUAUAACUAUACUCCUAGGAACGAAGAUGAAUUGGAGCUGAGAGAGGGAGAUGUCAUUGAUGUGAUGGAAAAAUGUGAUGAUGGAUGGUUUGUGGGAACCUCCAGAAGAACAAAAUAUUUUGGUACUUUCCCUGGAAACUAUGUCAAGAGGCUGUGAAAUGAUUAUUUGAUUUUGUUCCUUUCUUAUUUAUGCUGCAUCUCUGCCACACAUCUGCAUAAAAAGUGCUAGAAAACAUCCUCCACCAGCCUUCAGUUUUCCUGCUUUGCAAAUCCAGGUAGAAAUCAUGCCGCUCAUCUUCACCAUCUUCAUCCCAUCUGCCAGCCAGCAGUAUUAUUCAGCAGCUAAAAUGGAAUCCCUGAGCUUUUGUGAAACAAGAGGAAUUAGUUCUAUGCGAAAUACAUCUUUUUACGCCUUUAAUUUUUAUCUGGCAAUGCCAAUUUGGAAAGUGCAUAUAAAAAGCUUAGUGGAAGAAAUAGCAUGGCACUUCAAAAUGUUACCAGUUAUUUGGGAGAAACUGCAAUAUUAUGAAAAAAAUUAUUAUCACCUAAUAUAUAGAACAGAUUGCAAUUUACUACAUUUUAAAGGGUUUCCUUUUUUUUUGAGUUAUCACGUUUGUAGCUCAGCAAAUGUAUGUUGCUGUCAGUUUGCUGUGUCACAAGUUUGCCUCUUCUUUUACCCAGAUACAAUUAGUACUAAAAAUAGGGGUUUUUUCCCAAAUGUAUAUUGCAAUAUCUGCAAAAUGCCUGUAAAAAUUUAAGCAGAAAUAAUCAAAAGGAGUAUUCAUAAGCCAUGAUUUCCAGUUGUAUCUCAUAAGACAUUUUAUUAGAAUUGGCCCAGUGAGGAUCAUACAUUGGUUAAAAUACUCUUUAGACAUCUUACAAAACAGUAAGAGCUUUAGACAUGAAUUUAGUAAGUACAGAAGCAUGAGUUAGAUUUCCUGCACCUGCAUGUAUUAAUACAUAAAGUACAAAAACUUGCAUCUCUUUGUAGGAAGAAUCAGAAGCUCCCAACACAGUGAUGUCUCAAUAGGGAAAUGUGUCAUAUACUAUUGAUAUAUGCAAAUACAGGAAACUUGAGUUGGAUGUACUUUCUAUGUUCAUGUAAUUAAUGUCUUAAAUUAAGUGGAAAGAUGUGUGUGCAUGUCUCUACAGGAUGAAAUGGAUGAUUCUGGUGUAGUUACAACAUCCAUAUCUCUUUAGAGGAAAAGAGGGAGCACUAUCAUAUGUGUAAGUACAGCCUGUAUCCUGUACUUACACCUAUUUUUAACCGCUGGAACUCAUAAAAAGGAAAUUAUGUCUGCUAUUCGACAUUAGGAAAGUUCAGAAAUACUGGAAAAUCAUGAAUCAUUAUGAAGAAAACUAACAAUGAAUAAAUUGCUUUAUUAAAAAAAUGUGUUGGAAGUGCAAUAGAGUAUGUAAAGUCUAAUUCAUUUAUUACAUGAAAACUCAGUAAUGAAAGAGCAAUGUUUAUAUUCUGUUUGAUUGUAGCACAGUCACAGUAGAGUUGGGAAAAUCUACACAAAGUAUUAUAUGAUGCUAUUUUUUUGGCUAGUUGACCGGAACUGUAUUUUCUUUCUAGAA